AUGAGCACUCCUUAUCAGAUCUCCUCCAUCACAAACAAAUCUAUUAUACUACAAGGCUACUUUGAGAAAGCUAAUUGAGCUCCAUUUCCCUAGUAAACAGAGUUCUUUUUUUCACAGCAAUGGCAGCCAUGAACUCCAGUGUUUUGGCAUGCAACUAUGCUAUCUCAGGCACUGGAUCAUCUGAGCUUAAUGCCAAGCUUGCUUCAGCGCCAUCAGUUGCUUCCCCAGUUAUGUGCGGUGGUCACAAGUUGCCUGUGAUCAGAGCCCAGCAGGCUAAAUUUUCUGAUUCCAAAGGAUCAGGUGCCAGUGAAGGAAGAAGAGCUGCUAUGCUCUACUUGGCAGCUGGCCUUUUCACCACAGCUGUUGCUUCUUCUGCAAAUGCUGGGGUCAUUGACGAGUACCUUGAAAAGAGCAAAGCUAACAAGGAAUUGAAUGACAAGAAGAGGUUGGCAACAAGUGGAGCAAACUUUUCCAGAGCAUACACUGUUCAAUUUGGCACUUGCAAGUUCCCUGAGAACUUCACUGGCUGCCAGGAUCUUGCAAAGCAAAAGAAAGUACCAUUCAUCUCUGAUGAUUUGGCCUUGGAAUGUGAAGGGAAGGACAAAUACAAGUGUGGUUCCAACGUUUUCUGGAAAUGGUGAUGCGAUCCAAAUGUAUUUUUUCACUUAAACUAUCCACUCUACCUCAACAUGUAUCUAAUUUUCCCAUUUUAGGAGACUUUCCUAUCCAUUUGUUUUGUUAGCUUUCCCUAUGGUUCUGUUAUAUUUCUCUUAUAAAUGGUUGAUGGGAUUGUUAAACUCCACGGCAAUGUUAAAAAGUUAAAUCACAUAUUAUAUGCUCCAUUGGAGUGUUUGACUA